UGCGUUUUCAAAAUGGCGACCACACAGUUCAGAACAUAUGUUUGGGAUCCUGUCUUAAUAAUUUCUCAAAUUAUCGCUCUACAGUGUACAUAUUAUCUCUCUUUAGGGUUCUUGGUAUACUUAGUUGAUUAUUGGUCAAGUUCAAUGCGAUCUCUUGAUCAGUUCUUCAAUUAUAAGGAAAUAACUACUUCUACGUUAAAAGGAAAGCUUCUUAUAACUUCAUUUUGCCUUAAUUCGUUGGCUGGGGCUAUGGCUUUAUGGUUCAUUGUUAAAAGAGGCAAACAAUGUUUAGACUUCACUACCACAAUAUUUGUCAUCCAUCUACUAUUGUGCUGUGUAUACUAUGGAUUCCCUUUGUCUUGGACUUGGUGGAUUGUGAACAUUGUUUGGGUGGCUUUAAUGGCCAUUAUUGGGGAGUUCGUCUGUAUGAGAACUGAACUAAGAGCCAUCAUGGUGUCUGUUGGAUCUGCAAGAAAUUCUGUCUGAGAUAAAUUUAUUAAAUGCAUUUCAAACAAUUAAUGAUAGGCUGCUUAAAGUGGGUUUUUUAUGGCUUUUAUUACAAGACUGUGAAUCUGCUAUUUCAACUCCACAAUUCUUCGUAAUGGAUUGCCCAAGAGGUGAUAUGUAUAUGAAUCAUGUCAGGAUUACAACGGUUGAGUAGCUAUCUGCUUUCAUAGUGUAAGGAGGGCUUAAAAUAAUGGUUGAUCAGUUGCCAGUCAUUUUUCUUACUCAGAUUGGGUCAGAAUUUGUGGAUCUCAGCAACACAUACAUCCCUAUCAAAACCAGACCAAGUGUCAACGGCAUGAGAAAUGCCUUGAUUGAUGUUUGCAAAACCCACUUUGUUGCGACUGGGAAUAAUUUUGUGUAUGAUAUUAAAACAUUAUUAUCCAUGAUAAAUGAGAAAUAUGUAUAGUGUAUAAAGUAUAAUUAUUGUAUUAAUAAAAAAUAGGAUAGGAAUUGUACACAAAGUUAAAUUAUGAAGCUCUAAGAAAUAGACCUUUUACUGAUACGGCAGCUAUCUUAAAUUAUGGGGUUCCCAGUGAGAGCAAUCUUAGAAAUAUUUAUAAAGCAUAAAGUGACAAAGUUACUUUUCAAAUUAUUUUACUCCAACGAAGGACUAGCAUCUGAAACGUCAGUAAGUUUUUCACCUUUUCAUGGUGUCAAAUUUACCCUUUUAUCAUUACUAAAUGAUAUUAUUUUAUGCUUUGUUGUUUUACAUAUGCCUCCAUGUGUUUUACAUAUAGCUACAUUGGAUAACAUGAAGUUAUAUAAAACGACACCCUGACAGUUAUGCUGUCUAUAAAUGUUCCAGUAUUUUUCCCUUGGCAUCCAAUAAUCUCUUACUUAAAACAACAGAAUUCAAGAUGACUGCCGUAUCAGUAAUCAUCAUGAUGUGAAAACAUACCAUGAAUAAAUCUGUUAUUUUUAUCAAA